CCCCCCUGGGGCUUUUGUCCGGAGCUGCGGGAGGUUUAUAAGCAAAAUCCUUCUUCUCCUUCUUCGUCUUCAUCUUCAAUCUGUCAUUUGAAAGACGAGCAUGGUGGUCUCAAAAGCUAACAAACUAAGCUCAGUCUUCAUUUCCCGAAUCAAAAACUCCGCCCAAUCUUCAAUUCCAUCCGCAGCCACCGUCAAGAACGGAGACAUCCCCGGAACUUCUCAAGCCGUCAAAGACCUCAUCAGGUCCAAAAUCUCUUCCUCUGGAACCGAAGCGCCAUUAUCCGACCAAAUCUCGAGUUUAUUACAUGUAAGCUCUUUGGAGAAGACGGAGGAUAACAUAUUGAAGAUACCAAGUUUCAACGCAAAGAUCCCUAUCGACAUCUCCUUAAGAUCCAAAGAGCUCUCUCGCGAAAGGAAAGAGAGACGCGUUUACAAGAAGAACGCUCUCUCACGCCGUUUCGCAAAGAUAUUCAGAGACUCUGCUCAUAAGCUAGGCACCGAUGCCACCUUCGGCGCUUUCGACAGGGUGGCCAAAGAGAUGAGUGUGACUGAGUACAAUGCCAUGGUUGGAGUCUACUUUGAGCUCGCUGAGAAGAGCCAUGAUUUGGAGUAUGCUCUUGACCACAUCGGCAAGGCUUUUGAGAUUUUGAAAACCAUGAGGGACCGUGGUUUCCAGAUUGAAGAGAGUGUUUACGGUCCUGUUCUUGAGUACUUGAUUGAUAUGGAUAUGGUUGAUGAGUUUCGUAGUUUUAGAGAUGUUAUUAGCGAGACGAGUCCUGGUUUGGUUGAGAGGCUUGGAUACUAUGAAAUGCUUCUUUGGAUCCAGCUUGGGGACGGAGAGAAAGUUGAGGAGCUUUGUGGCGCUAUUGAUGGUAAUGGACACUGUUUAACAUUACUACAAGAAAAUUAUUUGCUUGCACUGUGUAAGAAAGAGCAAAAGGACCAUCUUCAGAGGCUCUUUGAGAUCAUAGACAUAACAAAAGUUCGUUCGUUGGACCUAUUGGAAAAUAUAUUUGGAUACCUUGGCAAGUUUUCAUUGGACUCUCUUGCGAAGAAGUUCCUAUGGGAACUAAGAGAAAAUGUAACAUUUGCAGAUGAAGGAGUGAAGAACGUUUCAGAUCUCAUCUCUAUCUAUUCUACAUGCACCCCAAAUCUGACGGUUGAGGAUACCAUCUUGAAGUUCAAUAAGAUGCAUGAAGAACUCGAUGUUAUGCCUUCUUCUACAUCGUAUGAAAAGCUUGUUAAGUAUAGCUGUGAUUCGAAUGAGGUGGUCACUGCGCUUGAUGUAGUUGAAAAAAUGGGUGAAGCAGGUGUGACAAUAACCGCAGAUAUUCUACAUUCAUUGCUGCAUGCCAUUGAUGAAGUUCUUGAGUUUAACUUGGUGCGAAGAAUCCAUUCAAUUAUGUGCACAAAGAGUGUGAAACCAAGUAGUGAGAACUUCCGGAGCAUGAUACGUCUGUGCACUAGAAUCAGAGAUUUUGAAGGUGCGUAUAAUAUGCUUGGGAAUUUGAAGAACUUCAAUCUGGAACCAAACUCUAGCAUGUUCAAUUGUAUAUUAGCUGGAUAUUUCCGUGAGAAAAAUGUGUGCAGCGCGUUAAUGGUCGUAAAGCAAAUGAAAGAAGCUGGCGUUAAACCUGAUUCCAUAACUUAUGGCUAUCUAAUAAACAACUGUAAUCGGGAAGACACUAUUACUAAGUACUACAAUGAGAUGAAGCAAGCAGGAGUUCAAGCUACUAAGCGAAUAUACAUGUCCCUAAUAGAUGCAUAUGCAGCAUCUGGCCAGUUUGAAAACGCAAAACAGGUGCUCUUGGACCCGGAUGUUCCGGCUAGAUACCAGAAUGAGCUGAAAAGUGAGCUUAUAUCAGCUCUUGCAUCACAUGGAAAAAGGGCAGAUGCAUUGAUUCUAUAUGAAGAAAUGAAGGAAACCAAAUGUCAAGUAGACCCAAAAUCGAUUAUAUCUCUUAUUGAAUACUGUGAUUCAAAUGGAGAUUUGAAUACGUUGGUUCAACUGGCUGAUGACCUGCAAGAUGAUCAUAGUUGGAUAGAUGGUUUCUUCAGAAUGAUCUUGUUCGCUGUCCGCAAUAGAAAGUCGAGCAAUGUUCUUGAUUUGCUGAAGCGGAACGAGGUUAGAUUGUCCAAGAAAGAUAUCCAUGUGGAGUAUCAUUUCGACGAGGUAUUUUGGGCAAUCGCAGAGACAGAGCCAACCGAGGUGAAGCUGGGGAUGGAUUUGUUAAGAUACAUAAAGGAGGAGCUUGGGUUUGUUCCUUCAAGAAAAUGUCUGGAUUUUCUCUUACAUGCUUGUGUUAAUGCCAAGGACAUGAAAAACGGUUUACUGGUGUGGAAAGAGUACCAAUCUGCAGCACUUCCUUGCAACGUCCUUAGCUUUCUUAGGAUGUAUCAGGUUCUACUGGCUGCAGGGGAUUUGGAAGGUGCCAAGACAUUGGUAACAAAAAUUUCAAAAGAUGACAAAGAUGUACAACAUGUCAUUGAAGAAAGCCAGAUUGUAUAUUCUCAGACACCAGAAAAGAAGAAACCGAAAAAGAAAAGGAUUGUCUUCCCAACAAAAUAGGAAAGUAGUAUUGGCUUGUUUCCACACACUUUGGUGUGAUUUUGUACAGAAGAGGGACUCAUACUCCAUUCUAAAGCACAGACAAGAUUGGUAGGCUCUGCACAAGUCUUGACAGUUGAAAAGAAAACGGAGUAAUAUUAUAGUUAUUUGUUUUGUUGUUGUUAGCUAAGGAACAUUCUUGUGAUUGCUUCUGGAACAAUUUUUUGAUGAACCAAAUCACAACUUCUUUUA